CAGUUAACACUUAGCUACCAUCAGAGUUGGUCAGAGUACAGAUAUGCUUCUUUAAGAUUUCAUUAGACUGAACUCUAAAACCAACCAACAUCAACCCAAAAUGCUACAGAGGGCAGCCUCAAAUGUUUCAGACAAACCAAAGCUCAGUAAACCAAAGCGCUCCACUAGUUUUGGGCGAUUUGAGGGCAUCAGACAACCCUCACCAGCCAGACUAGAGGAAAAUGGAACAACAGUGGCAGAGGAGUCUGGAUGUGAGAGUUCUGAUCAGACCAAACAAGGCAGCCUGGGGAAGAAGAUGAAGGCCAUCUCUCUGACCAUGCGCAGGAAGAUGGGCAAGAAGCACUCCAAAAUCUUCUCUGAGGAAGCUGGUGAAGAAACUGACAGAGACCUAGAAGAGGAAACAGAGUGUGGUCCUCCUUUAGAGAAAGGCUCUGAAAAGACCAACAACUCUCUGGAGAGCCUGUACAGCGGACAGAGCUCCUCCAGCUCAGGUAGUGUGGCCUGCCUCUCAAAUGGCUCCAGUACCAGAGACAGUCUGAGACUAGAAGAGAAUGGCUCCUACAACGGACACUUCUGUGGUAGAGCACGGGUCCACACAGACUUUGUUCCCAGCCCAUAUGACACUGACUCCCUCAAACUCAAGGUUGGAGACAUUAUCAGCAUCAUCAGUAAACCUCCCAUGGGCAUAUGGACAGGGAUGCUGAACUACAAAGUGGGCAACUUCAAGUUCAUCUACGUGGACAUGCUCAUGGAGAAAGAGAGAGAGGAGGAGGCGCCAAAGAUCAGGCCUCAGAGGAUGAGCAAGAGACCACGACCAAAGACACUACUGGAACUAUUGGAGCGUCUUCAUCUAGAGGAGUAUGCAUCUGCACUGCUUCUGAAUGGCUACCAGACAGUAGAGGACCUGAGGCACCUGCAGGAGAAACACCUUAUAGAGCUGAACGUGAUGAAUCCAGAACACAGAGGCAGGCUGCUGGCUGCUGCAGACUGCAGAUAUACAGAGAGCGAUGAUGUGAGGGAGAGUGAGGAGCCCUCUUCAUCACACAGCCUGAAGGAGGAGAAGAGUGACUGUCCCAGAGACUCAGGCUGCUUUAUUCCAUCAGAGUGCUCUGAAAACAGCAAAGAGGACACAGAGAGCCAACCAGUCACACGCUGAUAGGCUGCACUAUCCUAAUUAACAUACCAGUAUAGAGUUUAUUAACUAUUAUGUUUUGACAUGUAAAUUACGAUGGCUCACCAAGUUUGUCUCGUCUGUAUUUGGUUUAACAAGGUGGGAUUUCAUUAAUUAAAUGUUAAAUGUAGGCAAUUUUUCUUAAAACCAAUGAAGUUGUUCCUCAUAAGCCUCCAUUUAUGAACCUUUUUCUUUAACCUAUUAAUUCACAUAAAGCACAGGGAUCAAACUCAUUCCACGGAGAGCUGCGGGUUCUCGCUCCUCCCUUGCACUUGUAAUGAUGAAUUAAGGUUACUAAUUAGUAAGGAACUCCACUCACCUGGUUGUCUAGGGCUUAAUUGAAAGGGAAAAAAACUCAACCUUGCAGUCACUAGCCCCUCCAUGGAAUGAGUUUGACACACCUGACAAAAUAUUUAUGACAAAUUAUAUCUUGUUUUUUUGUGUAUUGUGCUGGAAACUAUGACGUGUGUUUGGUUUUUACUAUCAUUGUGGGGACCAGAAGGAGGCUAUUUUAGGUUUAGGGGAUUAGGGUUAGAUGUUUGGGGUUAAGGUUAGGUUAAGGUUAGGGGUUAGGAAAAAUAGGAUUUUUUAAUGGGAAUGAAUUGUUUGGUCCCAACAAGGAUAGUAAAACAAAUAUGUGUGUGUGAGUGCGUGGGCAGGAGUUUGUACAUAUAUUUUUUAACAAUCCUGGUUUAACAAAAUGUACAGAGUUAUAGAACUCAAUAUACUGUUAGUGCAAUAUGUCACACAUUAAUAAAGUAUU